CUACCUCAACAACCACAUCGCGCUUGCAGAGAGUGUGAUUGGAGCUGUAAUGAGUGCACGGGUCCUCUGCGUACAGAUUGUCUACAGUGCAUGGAAGGACACGUUCUUCAGGAUGGACUCUGCACCCAGGGCUGCUCCCCAGGGUCCUACCAGAACGGAGAGAGAUGCCUCAGUUGUGAUGAACACUGUGAAGUGUGCCACGGGCCAGGCCAGUGUGGGCGAUGCCAGACUCCUUAUUCCACCCUGCAGGGUCACUGUGUGUUGCAGUGUGGGAGGACAUUCUUCCUGGACUCCUCUCUGAAGCUAUGUACACCAUGCUCAGCUGACUGUGUGGAGUGUGAGGGGAUGGGUCGCUGCACCGUGUGCAGACAAAACACUUACCUAAGAGACGGAUACUGUACUCCGGACUGUGGCCACGGUUUCUACAGCGACAAGAAGACCAGGACUUGCCAUGCUAACAGCCAGUCCAACCCUGCAUAUCAGCGGCUCUUUGCUGGUACCCAUUGGAGGGACUAAACCUCUGGACCUCAACCAUACUCUCUGCCCAGGAUCAAGACAGCCCCCCAGAGAGCUUGGUGUUCCAGCUGCUACAGCCCCCUGCUACAGCCGUAUGGUUGUCCUAGAGGGGGCAGGGAGAUAGAGAUGUCCGAGACGACACCUUUCCUGGGCACAGCUACAGAGCAGACAGGUCCGCUUCACUCACGACAAGGACCAGGCCAAGAGUGGACAGUUCACCCUGCGUGUAGCUGACCCCCAGCUCUUUUCCCAACCAGAGACCAUUCAGGUCCAGGCAGUGUCCAUGCAGCCCCCACAGAUUCUUACCAACAAUCCUUUGCUGGUGGACGGAGGGGAGACGGCGGUCAUCUCCAAGGCCGUGCUUCAGAUCGACGACCCAGACAACCCUCAGGACGUCCUCGUCAUGGUUCUGGACCCGCCCCAACAUGGCCGCCUGACCCGUCUCCACGGCGACCUGGCGCUGAGCCAGUUCAAGAUGGAGGAGUUGUCACGGGAACAGGUGCAGUAUGUCCAUGAUGGGUCGCCGGGGCAACGGGACAGGAUGCUGCUACAGGUCAACGAUGGAAACAGCUACCAGAACAUUCUAAUGCAGAUCACCAUUACUCAGAAGCUUAACCAGGCUCCUCAUGUUCUGUCGGUGCCCGUCACGUGGGUGAGAGAGGGAGGCAUGGUACAACUGGGGAAGAGGUAUCUGAGGACAGAGUAUCAUGGUGCCAGUGAUGACCAGAUCAUUUACACCAUAGUGAGCUCCAAUGGAAGCCCCAAAUACGGUGAAGUGCUGUUGGUGCCCAUGCCAGCCGACGGCCCGUUGGAAGGUUGGCAUCCCUCGCCCGACGACAGGAGCUCUACCCCCACCUCGUCCUUCACUCAGCAGGAUGUGAAUGAGGGCACUGUGUGGUACAAACACUUUGGCUCCACCGGCUUGACGGAAGGAGACACCUUCCAGUUCCAGGUGUCUAGUGAGGGCUCGCCAGACACGCUCAGUGAUGCUCAGACCUUCACCAUCGCAGUGAUGCCUGAACUCCCAGGGUUCCCCCAGCUGGCUCCCGCCUGCGACCUACAGAUAACGGCGCUGGAAGAUCGUGUGACCGUGCUAACACCCACAGCUUUGUCCUUUGUGGACUCUGAGACGCCCAGUGAAAAGCUUGUCUACAACAUCACCAAGCCCCUACCUCAGGGACAAGGUUCUGUGGAGCAUCGUGACAGACCCUACAACCCAGUGUCCUUGUUCAGCCAAGCUGACGUCAACCAAGGCCGGAUCCUGUACCGUCCUCCGCAGGCCGCCUCUCACCUCCAGGAGCUCUACCAGUACUCCUUCACUGGUCUGCCAGAGUCGCUGAAUCUCUAUUUCACAGUGUCGGACGGGGAACACACACUCCGGGAGAUGACUUUUCCAUCCACCUGUUGCGCCAACCACCAGCUCCUCCAGUGUUUCAGAUCCUUGACCCUGUUCUGGAGGUUAGUGCAUGGGUGGGACGAACACCCAUAG